AUGGUGGACUCGAGAUGGCUCAGCGUGCAGCAGGAUCGUACAGACCGUGCAAAUCAGCCGAGCGAUUUAUGGCGGGGCCAAUACAAUCAGACAGCCAGCUCGUUUUCUUCCUCCAGUCCUCUCCCUCUCUUCCUACACACUAGUUCCUUACAUACGCUGUGCACAACCCGUACAGUCAUCCGCCCUCUGUACUUGUGCACGUUUUUCCUCGCUAUGGGUGUGGGCGGGCCAGCAGUGGCUCAGGCGCGCUUGGACGAGAUCACAGAGAGUCCAGCCUCACCAACGACCAGUGUGGGGGAGAGAGAGGAAGCCGAUUACUUGCUUGAAGAAUAUGAGUGCCAUCACGACUACGACGCCGAGCGCCGGGCUGAAGAGCACGGGACGGAGGACAUGAGAUCUCCUGAGAAGUUAACGGGGCGGAGGACGAGGCGAGAUUCAUUAGUAUACCGACUCUCACCGUGGAGGUGUACUCGUCGUCGACGGUGUGAAUGCCAGUCUAAGGAGCAGCGCACCUUCUUCUGUGGUCUGCUAAAGCGACCCUUUUGGAUAUUGGUUGCUAUUUUUGGCAUGCUCAGCGUGCUCUCUUUCGCGUGGGACGGUCUUCUCGCCGCGGUGGAAGAGCAUCGCGACCUCGGCAUCCUGCCCGGCCAGCGGCCCUCACUCCUCGCAGACUGGUUAAGUCAGGGCGUCGUACCAAUCGCCUGUCACUCUCACAACGACUACUGGCGACAAGUGCCGCUCUUCUCUGCCCUUGCAGUGGGUUGCACGGGUGUCGAAGCCGACAUUUGGCCCGAUGGGGAUCACUUGCGGGUUGGCCACACCAGGCGCACCGUUCUCAAGGGUCAGACCCUGCGCAGUCUCUAUCUUGAUCCAAUUCUGGAUAUCCUGGAUCAGCACAACCCUGCGAGCAAUGUUUCUACCAAGGACACCGAAUCGUUCAUCCACCAGGAGAAUUUUGCACCGGUCGGAGUCUUUGUGACCGAACCUUCUCAACCGUUGAUCCUUCUCAUCGACUUCAAGGUUGAUCCCGAGACUCUCUGGCCCAUGCUGAUGACCGACCUGGAGCCUCUUCGUCAAAAGGGCUAUUUGACUCAUUUCAACGGAUCCCACAUCGUCCAGCGCCCACUGACCAUUGUCGCGACCGGUGAUGCCCCCUUUGACCAUAUCCAAGAGAAUUCCACUUACCGUGACGUCUUUUACGAUGCUCCCCUCGACAGACUACCCCUUCUUCCAGCAUCACCAAAAGAUGACUUGGAAUCUCUCUCUACCGAAGCAGUCCCCGUCCCCUCCCUUUCUCCUUACACCCGAUACAACAGCUACUACGCCUCGGUCAGCUUCCGCCACACCAUUGGGUCCCUUUACCUCGGCCGCCUUUCCCACGACCAGCUCAUCAAGGUCCGCAGUCAAAUUGCCGCGGCCCACGCCCGAGGUCUCAAAGUCCGAUACUGGGGAACCCCCGGGUGGCCGACAGCCUUGCGCAAUUACGUGUGGAGAGAAUUGGAGCGGGAGGGUGUGGAUAUGUUGAAUGUGGAUGAUUUGAGGGCGGCGAGUCGGGGAGAGUGGAGAGAAGAAGGCUGGUGGUGGGGGUGGUGA